AUUGUAUUGCACACCUCUAAAAAAAACACUGCCUCUGAUUUAUCAAUAUAAAAAAGAUCCUCUGAGAGGAGUGGGCACUUUUGUGUGAUGGCAACUUCACUUCUAGGGCAUGGCGCUUUGCUUCCGAAUCAGACGCCGGCAGCCAAACUUGUCCCCUCCCGUAGAGUAGGAAGCAGCCGGGCGCCGGGGCAGUUGGGGGAGCCAGGAAGAACCGAGGUUGGGAUCGACUCCUCUGGCCAUGCUUGCUGCUACCUGUAAUAAGAUCGGCAGCCCCAGCCCGUCUCCCUCCUCCCUCUCGGACAGCUCCUCUUCCUUCGGCAAAGGCUUCCACCCCUGGAAACGUUCCUCCUCUUCCUCCUCCGGCAGCUGCAAUGUAGUGGGUUCCAGUCUCUCAAGCUUCGGCGUGUCGGGGGCCUCCAGGAACGGCGGCUCGUCUUCGGCGGCGGCGGCGGCAGCGGCGGCGGCGGCGGCCGCCGCAGCCCUGGUCUCCGACUCGUUCAGCUGCGGCGGCUCGCCAGGCUCCAGCGCCUUCUCCCUAACCUCCAGCAGCGCCGCGGCCGCCGCCGCGGCUGCCGCGGCCGCCGCCUCCAGCUCCCCUUUCGCAAACGACUACUCGGUGUUCCAGGCCCCUGGCGUCUCGGGGGGCAGCGGCGGCGGGGGCGGCGGCGGUGGUGGCGGCUCCUCUGCGCACUCGCAGGACGGUUCCCACCAGCCGGUGUUCAUUUCCAAGGUGCACACCUCGGUGGACGGGCUGCAGGGCAUCUACCCGCGCGUGGGCAUGGCGCACCCAUACGAAUCGUGGUUCAAGCCCUCGCACCCGGGCCUGGGUGCUGCCAGCGACGUGGGCUCGGCCGGCGCCUCCAGCUGGUGGGACGUGGGCGCUGGCUGGAUAGACGUGCAGAACCCGAACGGCGCGGCGGCGCUUCCCGGCUCGCUGCACCCGGCCGCCGGGGGGCUCCAAACCUCGCUGCAUUCACCUCUCGGAGGCUACAACUCGGAUUACUCAGGCCUGAGCCACUCAGCCUUUAGCAGCGGCGCCUCCUCGCAUCUGCUCAGCCCCGCAGGGCAGCACCUCAUGGACGGCUUCAAGCCGGUGCUGCCCGGCUCGUACCCGGACUCAGCCCCGUCGCCGCUGGCCGGCGCUGGGAGCUCAAUGCUGAGUGCCGGGCCGUCAGCGCCGCUGGGGGGCUCCCCGCGCUCCUCCGCGCGCCGCUACUCGGGCCGCGCCACCUGCGACUGCCCCAACUGCCAGGAGGCGGAGCGGCUGGGCCCGGCCGGGGCGAGCCUUCGGCGCAAGGGCCUGCACAGCUGCCACAUCCCCGGCUGCGGCAAGGUGUAUGGCAAGACGUCGCACCUCAAGGCGCACCUGCGCUGGCACACGGGCGAGCGGCCCUUCGUGUGCAACUGGCUCUUCUGCGGCAAGCGCUUCACGCGAUCCGACGAGCUGCAGCGGCAUCUGCGGACCCACACGGGCGAGAAGCGCUUCGCCUGUCCGGUCUGCAACAAGCGCUUCAUGCGUAGCGACCACCUUAGCAAGCACGUGAAGACGCACAGCGGUGGCGGCGGCGGCGGCUCUGCGGGCUCUGGCAGCGGCGGCAAGAAGGGUAGCGACACCGACAGCGAGCACAGUGCCGCGGGCAGCCCGCCCUGCCACUCCCCGGAGCUGCUGCAGCCCCCUGAGCCCGGGCACCGCAACGGCCUGGAGUGACACGCACCCCGCGCCUGUCCCUCUCCCCGACCCCUCCCACCCCGUUCUGCUUGAGCCGUGGCUGUCCUGGUCUCUGCCCACUGCACCCUGCUCGCUCGCUCUCUGUCUGUCUCUCUGUUCCUCUCUUCUAACUUCCUCUGU